AUGCGGUGGCGGUUGUGGAAGGACAAGAAUAAGAUAGAGAUGAAGAUGACAGAGGAGAGAGGAGAGUGGAAUAGAAGAGUGCGCGGGAGAGGGAUAGGAGGAAAGCGGAGAGAUGAUGGAGACAGGAGAAGGGAAAGAACCAGGCGCCUGGUAGGCUGCGUCGCUCCGGCCUCGCGGACGCCUUACGAUUCAAGAAACUCUCGCGACAUCGACGAACAAGAGGACUCCGCGUUCCAAAUCCCGGCGAGCUUUUGUAUACCGAUGAGGGACGGGAUUGUGGUGCCCGUUUGCUUGCCUGGGUUCGCCAUGGGCAGGUUUGUGUCCGAGGUUGAGAGGCUCACUCGGGAGCCAAGUGAGAACGCGGAUCCUCACAGUAAUAACUCGGUCCCCGUUGCUGUGUCUGCACUCUGAGGGUACGAAUUAGAGAGUGAUGUCGCGUGUUUAUUGCGUUUGGUGAUUGAAACUUUUCUUGCUGCUUAUGAAGUGUCCGUAUAAAAUAUAUGUAACGAGAAAAUAGUCUUGGUAUAUCAUGUUGACAGUUUUACUGUUUCUGAAUUAAAUAAUACAAAGUUUAUAUUGGCAUUCA